CUGGGACGCUCCGACUCGGUCGGUGCGCUGCCAAUAUAUAGGGCGGGUGGGGGCGGCCGGCAGCUUCUCUUGUGCCAAGCUCCUCACGGUACUCGGUCCUUGGAGCCGCUGGACUCAGCACUUCCUUGAACCGGCCUUCCUAGCCGCAGUCACUCAAGAUGCCUGAGGAAGUACAGCAUGGAGAGGAGGAGGUGGAGACCUUUGCCUUUCAGGCAGAGAUUGCCCAGCUUAUGUCCUUGAUCAUCAACACCUUUUAUUCCAAUAAGGAAAUCUUCCUUCGAGAGAUCAUUUCCAAUGCCUCUGAUGCCCUGGACAAGAUCCGUUAUGAGAGUCUGACAGAUCCUUCCAAAUUGGACAGCGGUAAAGAGCUGAAGAUUGACAUCAUCCCCAACCCACAGGAGCGUACUCUAACUUUGGUGGACACUGGCAUUGGCAUGACAAAAGCUGAUUUGAUCAAUAAUUUGGGAACUAUUGCCAAGUCUGGCACCAAGGCUUUCAUGGAGGCUUUGCAGGCUGGAGCAGACAUCUCCAUGAUUGGUCAGUUUGGUGUGGGUUUCUAUUCUGCUUACUUGGUGGCAGAGAAAGUAGUUGUCAUCACCAAGCACAAUGAUGAUGAACAGUAUGCCUGGGAGUCUUCUGCUGGUGGCUCCUUCACAGUGCGUGCUGACCAUGGUGAGCCUAUUGGCAGGGGCACUAAGGUGAUCUUACAUCUGAAAGAAGAUCAGACAGAGUAUCUGGAAGAGAGGCGGGUCAAGGAGGUUGUAAAGAAGCACUCGCAGUUCAUUGGCUAUCCCAUCACACUUUAUUUGGAGAAAGAACGAGAGAAGGAAAUCAGCGAUGAUGAGACAGAGGAAGAUAAAGAGAAAGAAGAAGAUGAGCCAGCUAAAGAUGAGGAGAAACCGAAGAUUGAAGAUGUAGGAUCCGAUGAAGAAGAUGAAGGCAAAGACAAGAAGAAGAAAACCAAGAAGAUCAAGGAGAAAUAUAUUGAUCAGGAAGAGCUGAACAAGACCAAGCCCAUCUGGACCCGUAACCCUGAUGAUAUCAGCCAAGAGGAGUAUGGCGAGUUCUAUAAGAGCCUCACCAAUGAUUGGGAAGAUCACUUGGCAGUAAAGCACUUCUCUGUGGAAGGUCAGCUGGAAUUCAGAGCUCUGCUCUUCAUCCCUCGACGGGCUCCCUUUGACCUCUUUGAAAACAAGAAAAAGAAGAACAACAUUAAGCUGUAUGUGCGUCGUGUGUUCAUCAUGGACAGUUGUGAUGAGCUUAUUCCUGAGUAUCUUAAUUUUAUCCGAGGUGUGGUGGACUCUGAGGAUCUACCUCUCAACAUUUCCAGAGAGAUGCUUCAGCAGAGUAAGAUCUUGAAGGUCAUCCGUAAGAACAUUGUCAAGAAGUGUCUAGAGCUCUUCUCUGAACUGGCAGAAGACAAAGAGAAUUACAAAAAGUUCUAUGAGGCCUUUUCGAAAAAUCUGAAGCUUGGAAUCCAUGAGGACUCAACCAACAGGCGCCGUUUAUCUGAACUGUUACGUUACCACACAUCUCAGUCAGGAGAUGAGAUGACUUCCUUGUCUGAAUAUGUAUCUAGAAUGAAAGAAACUCAAAAAUGCAUCUACUAUAUCACUGGUGAGAGCAAAGAACAAGUGGCCAACUCUGCUUUUGUGGAACGGGUACGGAAACGCGGUUUUGAAGUAGUAUACAUGACAGAACCCAUUGAUGAAUACUGUGUGCAGCAGCUGAAGGAAUUCGAUGGGAAGACCCUUGUGUCUGUUACUAAGGAAGGAUUAGAACUUCCAGAGGAUGAAGAAGAAAAGAAGAAAAUGGAGGAGAGCAAGGCAAAAUUUGAGAACUUGUGCAAGCUAAUGAAGGAAAUUCUGGAUAAGAAGGUUGAGAAAGUGACAAUCUCCAAUCGGCUGGUGUCGUCACCCUGUUGCAUUGUGACUAGCACAUACGGCUGGACAGCCAACAUGGAACGCAUCAUGAAGGCACAGGCAUUGAGAGACAACUCUACCAUGGGUUACAUGAUGGCCAAGAAGCACCUGGAAAUAAACCCAGAUCAUCCCAUUGUGGAAACACUCAGGCAGAAGGCCGAGGCUGACAAGAACGACAAGGCUGUGAAAGACCUGGUGGUGCUGCUUUUUGAGACAGCCCUGCUGUCCUCAGGCUUCUCCCUUGAAGAUCCCCAGACUCACUCAAAUCGAAUUUACCGCAUGAUUAAGCUAGGUCUUGGCAUUGAUGAGGAUGAGGUGACAGCAGAAGAGCCCAGUGCUGCUGUUCCUGAUGAGAUCCCCCCACUUGAAGGAGAUGAAGAUGCAUCCCGCAUGGAGGAGGUGGAUUAGAAAGACCUCUGCAUCAGACUCCGCCCUCUGUAUAGUUCCCUGUGUUUUCCCACAGCAGCAGUAGAGGCCCUGUCCUGCCUGGUUCCAUCUGCCAAUGUCUAGUGGUUGUUCUCCCCCCCCCCUCCUGUUUUCCAGUGUAUUAGGGCAGGGCUUGCAGGGUCCCUGUUUCCCCUCUCCUAAUCUGGGGAGUAGGAUGUUGUGUAUUGUGGGCUGUUAAUGUUUAUUUUGUUCUGGAAUUAAAAGUAUGCAGAAUAAAGAGAAUGCAGUUUUUACACGGAA